UGCACAGAGGGUGAGGGGGAGUGAGAGACAGCGUAAGCAGCAGCGAAAGAGUUGAUUUGGAAAAAGGUUGGAGGAAAGAGAGAGGGAGGGCGAAAGAGGAGGAGGAGGAGGAGAAGGAGGACGUACACAAACUCCCAGAGAACAGGAGGAGAAAGUGGAGCAGGCUGCAGAAGGAACAGUCGCACAUAAGCGGCUGCUGAUCUGCACCAAGAGUCAAAUUACCCCCAGUGCUGGUGUCUCAGGCUGAACUGGAGCAGGCUAAUUAGAUGAAGAGCCUGAGACCAGCAGGCACCACAAACAAACUUGAGAAAAAGAGAAGGGGGAAGGGUGAAAACAAGAACAAGUCUGUGAAACAUCGUGGGGACAGUUUCAUGCACUGCUGAGUUUGGUUCUCCUUUCGGAGAAGAGUUGAGAGAUGGAAACAGUGACGCUCUCACUGUGAAGUUGUACGCGCUCACUUGCAGAGUGUAGAAAGUUCUGCAGUUUGCUUGAAGAAAGAAGCCCAAGCCAUUUCUGCAUCGUCUGUCGUGCAUCGCCGACUUCUGAAAGUCAGCAUGGAGGUGAAAAAUGAGAUGAUGGAUAUUCUUCAGAGAGUGUGGACCAAACUGCAGGGUCUCCCACAAGCAAAUUCGCUGGAGCUGGGAGCCUUCUUUGUGCUCAUCCUGUUUGUCGCCACGGUUCUCUUCAUGGUCGUGCUGUCCUGUGUCCACUGCUGCUGCUGUGGGAAGCCAAAAUACCAGGCCUCAAGAGUUCAGCCUGUCCAGCCCAUCUGAAAAGGAGACAGAGGGCAGAAGCCACCAACAAAUACAACCUCCACCCGUGUUUCUGUCCUCCAUGGAAUCACUCACUUGAUAAAAGUCCCUUUUUCUCACUUUUUAAAUUAGUCAAUGAUUUUUUUUCAGAGCCAUUGGUUUCUUUGGUGCGCAUCAAAUGGGAUUAAUCUAGGAAAGGAUGAGACGUCAUUGCCAUAUUUCCAUCUCUGGGUGAAAGACUGGAUCAGCAUCCAGAAAGCCACUGGAAUCCAUUUAAAUCAGCAGAGUGGCACGACUCAUCAAGAUUCACUACAAAUGAGAACAAUAGAACACUGUGUGGCAGCGUUUCAUGGACAAAAAGAUGUAAGAGAGCUAAUUUGUGCUCCAACAUCACAGAGACUCCGUUAUUACAAACGUAGCUGUUCGGUAUGCUGUUGACAUUCAUCAGGAAUGUGAGAAACAACAAAGAAAAUAUACAUUCCAACAUGUGCAUGUGUAGUGGACUUGAAGUUACAUGUUUUGAACAGGAACCUGCCUUUGUUAAAAAAAAAAAAAAAAGAAAAAAGACAGAGCGCCCUCUGCUGGCCCACUGAAGAAUAUUUGUUUUUGGGAAUUGUGCCAAUAGAAAAUGUGAGCUGCUGUUUCAGCAGUUACAACUGUAUUCUCUUUAUGUUGUAAAAUACAAGUGUCACAUGAAGGCACUGCAGUGUUUCAUUAGCAUAUCAAGCUGUGUGUUAAUAUGUUUGAUGCUCAUAUUUGUAUGAAUGUAAUAAAUGUUCAAUGUAUUUCCAAAAAA